AGCUGCUCUCGACCUCCGGCUAGCAGAUAAAAAGUGAGAAAAAAGGGAGGUGAAAAGAAAACAAGGCGAAAGUGAAAUAAAUAGAGGGAGUGUACUCUGCGUGUUUCCUGUAGCGAGCAAAGCGAGCAGCAGCCUAGGCGAAGAACAGGAAGCACUCUCCUAAUCCCCCUGUCCAGGCACACAGCGCUGAAGUCAGAAGACUGUGCUGAAGAGGUGCUUCUGGCGGCCAGUGAAGUGAACUGUCAGAGAGAGAGAGAGACAGAGAGAGAGAGAGAGAGAGAGAGAGAGGGCGCGUGCGAGAGAGAGAGAGAACUUACAUCAUAGUAGUUUAAAACCAAGGAAGAAAAGAAAAAGAUAGAGGGGGAACAGCAAAAGUGAGCAGACCAGAGGAAGAGAGGGCCAAGGACACGAGCCUUGGGAACUGGCUCCUGUCCUACCUGGAAGCCAAGUGAAGGACGUCACUUUGCUCUUAGAGUGCCCGCUCUACAGUUACCUGCCUGGGAUGGGAUGGCUGCUAGCAAUUGGCUGCCUGACAGCAGCGAUGGCGGCUGCGAUUGGUUCAGAGCGGAAGCACCACCAGGUACAGCAUGGCCCCUGCAGCUACACCUUCCUCCUGCCGGAGGUGGACCACUGCCGCACCCCUGGGGAUCUCCAGGUGACCAACUCUCUCCAGAGGGACUCACCCGUGGCUCCAGACACCCCGCCCAUUGAGCCAUCCUGGCAGAAGAGAAAGCUGGAAACCUUGGAGAGCGUGACAGAGAAUAACACUCAGUGGCUGCAGAAGCUUGAGAGCUACAUCCAGGAGAAUGUACGCACUGGGAUGGAGGAGAUGCAGCGCAACGCUGUCCACACGCAGACCGCUGCCAUGCUGGAGAUGGGGACCAACCUCCUCAGCCAAUCAGCGGAACAGACACGCAAACUGACAGAUGUAGAGACUCAGGUGCUGAACCAGACCAGUAGGUUGGAAAUCCAGUUACUGGAGUAUUCUCUCUCCACACACCGGCUGGAGAAGCAGAUCUUGCAGCAGACGCAGGAGAUCUCACGACUCAGCGACAAAAACAGCUUUCUGGAGGAGCGGCUGGGGGCCGUGGAGAGCAGGCACGCGCAGGAGCUGCAGGCUCUGCAGCAGGAGAAGCUCCAGCUCCAGGAGCUGCUGGACAGGCAGAGCCGGCUGGUCAGCGAGCUGGAGGGAGAGCUGGGCAGCUCCACUCGGAACAGCACGCUGCUCCAGCGGCAGCAGGCCUCGCUCACGGAGACCGUGCAGCGCCUUUUGUCCAUGGUCACCCAUUGCAACGAGAUCUCCAGUCAUCCUAAAGAGGAGGCAAGACGUUUCCAAGACUGCGCAGAAAUAUAUAAAUCCGGGAUUACAGAGAAUGGAGUGUUUGCCCUGCACCUCCCAAACUCAACUCAAACAGUGAAGGUGUUCUGUGACAUGAAGACCAGGGGUGGGGGAUGGACUGUUCUGCAGCGCCGCCAGGACGGCUCGGUGGACUUCAACCGUGGCUGGAAAGACUACAAAACGGGAUUUGGAGAUCCUUCUGGGGAGCACUGGUUGGGCAAUGAAAUCAUUCACCUUCUCACCUCAGCCCAGGACUACAAUCUUGAGGUGCAGCUGAGGGACGUGCAGGGAAAUGAGGCCCAUUCACAUUACGACUAUUUCUAUGUCAGCACAGAAGAAAAGAACUACAGCCUGCACUUCCGAGGGUUUGGCGGCUCCGCAGGUCGAACUAGCAGCCUGACCCCUUCUGGCACCCCGUUCAGCACUAAGGAUCGAGACAAUGACAACUGCAGCUGCAAGUGCGCUCAAAUGGCCUCUGGAGGCUGGUGGUUCGACGCCUGUGGGCCCUCCAACCUCAACGGCAUCUACUACGGUAGCGGUUCCAAUGUGGUCCGUUACAAUGGGAUCAAAUGGUAUUACUGGAAAGGACCCAGCAUGAUAGCUAACAUGACGACGAUGAUGGUGCGGCCCGUGGACUUUCUGAGAACACCGUGAUGAUGUCACAAUGGGCACCAUGUUAUGAUGUCACCCUCGGACUGUCAGUGCUGGAAGACCAGUGGUGGCCAGUGAAAUAUUCACUUUGGCUUACAUUUCCUUCAGCUUGUGUUCUUGCUAUCGUGGAUUGGCCUAUUGAAAGCGAUAUUUCGUCUAGUGCAUAGAGUGAUAAAAAUUACUGUGCAACUCAAAAGGAUGCUGGAGCUAUUAAAUGUAGCAUGCUUGUAUACCAAUCAGUGGGGUGUCCUAUGGCAACAUCUGCUUUGUGACAUGAUGGAACAUGAUUUAAUUGGACUCUAUAGGGUAAAACUAUGCUGUGCCUAAUGACAGAUAGCUCUUAUAAAGCAUAGCAGCAGGGCAGGACACUCCACAUGUUCUUGAUUUGGCUGUAAUUAGUUUUCUCUUGCUAUAGGCUAUAUCUUUUCCUUUGUUCCAUGGCAUUUUUGAUUAGAAAAUAAAUGUUUUUUCAGGUAAGUUUAAAGAUUUAGAAGAUUAUCAUCUUGAGAUCAAAUAAUUUCUGUUUUAAACGUGUAUGAGACUCUGAAAAAUGUAUUUUUAUACAAAUGUUUGCAUUUU